AUGACCACACCCCCGCUCCAUACCGGUGAUGCCCCUCCUUCCCCAUCCCUCUUCCCUGUCGCCCACGUCGUCGCUGCCACCUUGCUUCGGCCCACUCCGCGCUACAGCCUCGUUCCCCUCCGUCAAGUGUCGAUUUUUGUGUCGAUCUGUGGCGAGGCGGAACAACGGGGCCGUGCCGGAGCAGCGCCAGCGUACCGGAGCAGCGGCGAGCCACAGCCGGGCCUCGACGGGGAGUGGGACCAUGCCGGAACACGCCGUGCGCCCCGCCGGCGGCGCCGCUUCCCCCGCCGGCUUCCAUCCCCACCCUCGCCCUUCGCAAUGCCUCCACGCCGCGACCACGGCAAGCAGGCGCAGCAGACGGCCACUCCCACCCCCGCCCCCGCCCCCUCGUCCAUGGCUGCCGGGGGCAUCGAGGAGAAGACGACCCCUUUGCCACCCAACACGGACACCGUCGGGGUCGCCGCCGAGCAGGGCGGCGCCGGCGCCGAGCUCUCCGCUCUGUUGAACGAGUUCUCAGCUGACAGCAGCAGCGCCUUCGCCGAGGCGCGGAUCCGGGCCACCUUCUACCCCAAGUUCGAAAAUGAGGAAUCCGACCAGGAGUCAAGAACCCGGAUGAUUGAGAUGGUGUCGCAAGGAUUAGCUACCAUGCAGGUUACGCUCAAGCAUUCAGGGUCUUCGUUCAUGUAUGCUGGUAACCAUGGUGGUGCAUAUUCCAAGAACUGCUUUGGAUAUAGUCCUUCUGUACUAGCAUGGAUAGAUAUUUGGGAGCCGGUGUAA